AUGGGUCUCACCUCCCAACUGAUUCCAACUCUGGUCUGCUUACUAGCACUCACCGGCACUUUCAUCCACGGACAUAACUUCAGUAUUGCCAUUAAGGAGAUCAUCAAAACAUUGAACAUCCUCACAGCGAGAAACGACUCGUGCAUGGAGCUGACCGUCACCGAAGCCUUCACUGCCCCAAAGAACACAAGUGAGAAGGAAAUCUUCUGCAGAGCUGCAACUGUGCUUCAGCAGCUCUCUACACACAAUUGCUCCAACAGAUUGCUCAGAGGACUUCACAGGAACCUCAGGAACAUGGCAAACACGACCUGUUCGGUGAAUGAAGUCAAGAAGAGUACACUGAAAGACUUCUUGGAAAGGCUAAAAGUGAUCAUGCAACAAAAAUACUACAGGCACUGA